CGUCGGACAAGCUAAUAGCUAACCCAAAUAGUAGUUCGCUUGCCAUUUAAUCGGUGGAAUACAUGGAUUUCAUUAAUAUAUUCAUCUAACUUUCUUUGCCCUUGUCAUAUCACCAUCGUUUAGUUAGCUAGUAAUACGUUAGUUAGCCCAGUUAAAAAUAUAACGUUAGCCAGCUAACUUAUUGCAAAGUUAACUAGUUACUGUAGCAUUAGGUACCAGACAACUAACGGCCAGCUAGCUAAACGCUGCCACAGACAGACAGAUCAUCAGUCUUGAAACAUAGACGUUGUGAAGAUGAGCAAGAAGACACCUAAUCGUCCGGGGAUCACUUUUGAAGUCGGUGCUAGAAUUGAAGCUCAAGACUAUCUACAAAAAUGGUACUCGUCACGCAUUGAGGACAUCGAUUUCGAUGAGGGAAAGAUGCUUGUCCACUUUGAUCGUUGGAGCCAUCGAUAUGAUGAGUGGAUCGCCUGGGACAGCACUCGACUGCGGCCUCUUGAGAGGCCAACACUCCGUAAAGAGGGACUGAAGGAAGAGGAGGGGGAGGUGACUGAGAGACUCAGCGAGAUGUCAGCAUCUCGCCUUGAUGAGCUUCCUGGAUGUACAGAGAGCACAGAGGACCAAACAGAGUUACCGCAGCCGAGACAAGAAUUGAGAGAUGGUGAAGAGGUGCUUGCUCGAUGGACAGAUUGUCGCUACUAUCCUGCAAAGAUUGAAUCUGUAAACAAAGAGGGUAUCUACACGGUGCAGUUUUAUGAUGGAGUUAUUCGCUGUGUGAAAAAAAUUCAUAUCAAAUCUAUGCCCCAUGAUGCAAAAGGACAGGACUGGAUAGCCCUGGUGAAAGCUGCCUCGGCUGCAGCCAAGAGCAAAGGAAGCAGUACGCCUCGUACCAGUGCCAACAGCAACAAGGUCAGGGACGACCCUCACGGAGGGAAGUCUGACGAUGAGGAUGGUCAAGAAGAGCUGGAUGAAGAGUUGCAGGAUCAGUCCGACUCUGACAAACUGGAAACCCAUGAAGAUGAUGCUGACUGUAAGAAGGAGCAGACAGAGGUCCCAGUGACUUCCCAACAACAGAAGGUACCAAGAACAGCAGACCAUGAUUCCGUACAGGGGCAGACCCAGAGACAGACUGGGUCCUCUGUGACGGGCUCUCCAGCCAAGUGUCGGAACAGGCGUCUGAAGCACCACUCUGGGGAGUCCAACAGCAGCCAGAAGCAGAGAGCGUCCAGGCCGCCGUGCUCCAUCACUACUCUGUCUGCUGGAGAGGACACCAUGUCAGCCCCAGAGUCCAUGCUGAGUCCCUCCCCCAGACACAGCUGCCCAGACAUGGCUACCUCAGGGCAUGGUGAGGCGGUUCCUCCAGGCUCCCCCAGGAGCUCAGAACAGAGCCAGAGGAGGAGACGCUCCCAGCGCCUGGCCAGCGUCAGCCCUGAUAUAAACUCUGACCCCAGCGUGACCUCUCACCCCACCACCACCCAGUGCCCUGACCUCUCACCCCAUGGGAGGGAGCACAACACAUCUCACAAAGACCCCUCCUCCUCUCCAGAGGAUCAAGUGACAAACUCUGUCGAGAGGGCAGAGUCAUCGACCCUCCACAACUACUGUGUUGGCAUACCACCUACACCUUCAUCUGCUGCCUCCAUCCUCACACCAUCUCAUCCACCAAUCACACACAGAGACCAGCUGACUGACGGGCCAUCAGCCAAUCAUACGGCAGUGGCAGACAAAUUCCCACCCUUAGCUGCAGCCGCUGGGAGGAGUAGUACUAUCAGGAGCCCUAAACUAAACAAGCACACCAGGGAGCCAAUCAUGAACACCAAGCGGUGUGAUGACCCAACGUCUCCCAACGACCUGGACCUCUACAAGUGUAAGAUCCCUGGGUGCUCCAAGGCCUUCCGCAAAGCCAAGCUGCUGGACUACCACCUCAAGUAUUACCACAACGCUGACAAGGACCUCCAGGACUCUGAGCUGCCAGGCUCCCCAGACAGGGCUGGUCGUACCCGGGCCACCUCAGCCUCCAUGCCCACCACCACCCUGCUGGAGGUCCCUGACAACACAAAGAGACGCAGGACUGUCUCCACCUCAUCGUCACUGUCCCCUCCGGGCCAUAUGUUCCAACUGGACUGUACUGGACUGGGAAGCUGUCUGAAACCUCCCAGGUUGAACAGGAAGAAACGCUCCUCUGCCUCCAUGAGCUCUGACAGCACAGAGCUGUCUCUCCCUCCCCCGCCUCAGGAGAAGAGCUUCGAGUCCCUCCACGACAAGAUCCUGAAGAAGGUGAUCGAUAAGGACAAGCACCUGGAGCCAGGGUUAAUGAAGAUUGAGAAGAAGGUGAAACUGGAGGAGAAAUCCCAGGUGAUCGGAAAAAAGAAGGACAAGGAUAAAGAGCGGAGGGACAGGAAAGAGAAGGACCACUUCAAACUGAAACAGAAGAAGAAGAAGAAAAAGAAGAGGAAAUCCAAGCAGCACUGUACGUUUAGUUCAGGUUAUUCUGACUACGAUGACAUGUCCCUGUCCUUCCUGGAGCGAUCUACGGCGUCUACUCUUCACCGCUCCUCCACCUCCUUCACUUUCCCCUCCUCCUCCUCCUCCACCACCAAACAUUACCAGUACCCCCGCGCCAUCCUCUCCGUCGACCUGACCGGAGAGAACCUGUCAGACAUAGACUUCCUGGAGGACUCGACCACAGAGAGCCUGCUGUUUAGUGGAGAUGAGUACAACCAGGACUUUGACUCUUUGAACAUGGAGGACUUCCAGGAGGAGGAUGAGGAUGGUACCCAGGAGAUCGUCCGCUGUAUCUGUGAGAUGGACGAGGAGAAUGGAUUCAUGAUUCAGUGUGAGGAGUGUAUGUGCUGGCAGCACAGUGUGUGUAUGGGGCUUCUGGAGGAUAGCAUCCCGGACCAGUACAUAUGUUACAUCUGCAGAGACCCUCCAGGUCAAAGGUGGAGUGCCAAAUAUCUCCAUGACAAAGACUGGUUGAACAAGGGUCAGAUGUACGGCUUGUCCUUCCUCUCGGAGAACUACUCUGAGCAGAACUGUAAGACCAGCGUGUCCACCCAUCAGCUGUUAGCAGACGUGUUCAGUGUCAACAACGUCCUUCACGGACUACAGCUGAAGAUGGACAUACUACAGAACAAACACAAUCCCAAUUUGCACUUCUGGGCUCGGUCCUGGGUGAACUCUGACGAGGACCAGCCCAUGGGCGGUCUCCCUGACUGCAUCCACUUGACAGACAACUCUCUGAACAACCACACCUCCUCCAAGACUGACACUUACAUCACCAGCGAACACAGCUACCAGAAACCCCCCAGCCCCGGACAGCUGGAACACUGGCUCUCUACAGACCGACCGGCUGCAGACCCCCACGGCUCUAACAGCCAGGAGGGAGGAGGGGUGGGGGCGGACCUGGUGGUGGCUUAUACUAACCCCGCCUCCCACUCCACCCACUUCACAGCCAAGGAACAGGAAGUAAGAAAGAAGACAACUGCCCUGGCUGUGCCAGGCUCCCUGGCUGUGCCUGGCUCCCUGGCUGUGCCUGGCUGUCUGAACGAGAGGGGACCAGACUCAGUGGAACAUGCCAGGAACUGUCUCCAGUGGCAGAUGAACCUCCUCACUCACAUAGAAGAUGUGCAGAACCAGGUGGCAGGCAGGAUGGACCUCAUAGAGAAGGAGCUUGAUGUGUUGGAGAGCUGGCUGGACCUCAGUGGGGAGUUGGAGCCUCCGGACCCCCUGGCCAGGCUGCCUCAGCUUCAACACCGCAUCAAGCAGCUCCUCACAGACCUGAGCAAGGUGCAACAGAUGAGCACCCUGUGUUCUGUCUGAGUCUGGCCCGGGUUAGCAUGGCAACAGCACUAGGCAUCUGGUGUCUUCACAGAGGAGAGUCCUAUCCAAACCCAGGGUGAACCCCGUCCUCUCUCUCUGGCACCGAAGGACACCGUCUGCUGUUGUCCAUAAACUGUCAAACUGAGCACACCUCCUCCUCCUAGACAGACUGUGGGAGGGAAGCUUCAGUUGGAUCAAUACAAGGGGGAUGAAUGGAUGUAUAGAGACCAACAGGAAAGAGUUGAGUCCAGUGGACUCUUGGUAUUAGAAAGAAGAGUGUUUUGAGUUGGAGUAACUGACAAGUAUUGAGUUUGACGAAAUGGGACUUCUGGAUGAAAAGUACCAGUUUAAUACAGUGUUAGUUUGUAGGGCCCAGAAUGUUUUUUUGUUUUAACUCAGACUUCCUGUUAUGAAGUUCCCGCAACGGUUUCAUAACCAGGGAGGGUUUGUCCACCAGGAAGGAGGGUUUGUCCACCAGGAAGGAGGGUUUGUCCACCAGGAAGGAGGGUUUGUCCACGUACAUUAAAUUGUUCACACGCAUUCUAUGAUAUAGCUGAAAUUCAAUUUAAUUAAAUGAGAUUAUUAAAAUGCAAUGAGAUUACCUCAUCAUGGGCCCGUCUCAAAUAGAACCCUAUUCCCUUUAUAGUGCACUACUUUAGACCGUAGUACACUAUAGUAUGUAGGGAAUAUAGGGGUCCAUUUGGGAAACAUCCCAUCACUCUCUUGCCUCAGUAGGAGGAGAGCUGUAGAAGCCGUGCUUGUGUGAUAUGAGUUAAUGCAAAAACUAAAUCACCAUGGUGAUUGUUAGAUGAUAUUGUAGCAAGCUUUAACCUGCCAGAAAUCUGUUCUGUUCUGGAAGCGUGGUCUGAAACUAGUUUGAGAUGUUUUAACAUUUCCAGUUCCCCCUCAAGUUCACACUAUGGUUAGUUGGUUUGUUAAAAAACCAGUGCUGACAUCAGUCAUUUAGCGACUGAAUUCUGAUUUCAUUUCAGGAAUCUAUUGCCACCUUUUACAAUCAUUAACUUUCAUUCUCUUAUGUGCCAAGUCUGAAAGUAUGACCCACCAAGUUUACAAUGUUAUCGUUCUCACUGAUUCAACAUGGGAUGAGUAUAUUUUACUGGUGUAUAUAAUGAACCCAAUCCACAGACAGACAUACGACUGUGUGUCUUCAGGAUAUCUCCAUGACAACCACGAAAUGGCCUUGAUGUCACGGGACAUCUGUGGCACGUUUGUCUCUGUGUGUGUAUACGUCCCGAAAUGGCACCCUAUUCCCUAUGUAGUGCACUACUUUUGACCAGAGCCCUAUGGAGCCUGUUCAAAAGUAGUGCGCCGUGUAGGGAAUAGGGUGCCAUUUGGGGACGUUACCUCUGUCUGUGGGGUUUUUGAUGCUUUCAGUGCGGCCCCAGUAUGGCUGCUACAUCACAUAACACCACAAUGUCUUCUAAGUGGACACGUUUGAAGCUAAAUUGCCAGCUGGAUGUAAAUGUGUAUUAAAAAGCAAUGUGUUGAUUGCUGUUGUUGGGUCAUUUUAUGUACAGUUUCUAUGACUGUAAAGAGGAGGAAACAUCUAUAGAAGACAUAAGAGGAUAAAAUAUACUUGAAGAAAAAUGACUGUUUAUUUAGCGUUUCUAUGAACCUGUAUAAAAAGUGUUUUAGAACCAGCCGCUAGGGUAUAAAACAAAGUAGAUUUUUAUUGACAUAUACCAGCUGUACAUUAAGAGUUUAUUUAAGACCGGUUCUUUAUGUGAUUUACUACAUGUACAAUGCCAUUAAAAAAGAUAUUCUGGAUAUUUUA